CCCCUCGACAUCCGUAUACCCACCACCAGCACCGCCCAUCCCCCCACCACCAAACCUCACACCCUCUACCACCUCAUCCUCACCUCCCCCCUCCGCACUACCGAGCUCCAAAAGCGCUACUCCGACUUCCUCGCCCUCCACGCCGCCCUCACCGCCUCCACCGCCACCCCCCCACCCGCCCCCCUCCCCCCCAAAUCCUGGCUCACCCGCACCAUCGCCUCCCCAUCCCUCACCGAAACUCGCCGUCAGCGCCUUGAGGCUUACCUCCGCGCCAUCGAAGCCGACAUAGACCCCCGCUGGCGGAACACCCCUGCUUGGCGCACGUUUCUGGGGUUGCCCGCGGGCGCCGCGGCGGCAGGUGGAGGGGCGUUCGGGGAGGACGGGGUGAAAGCGCGGGGUGGGCUCAUCGGAGUGUUAGGAGCGAUCGCGUCGCCGGGGGCGUGGCUAGAUGCGCAUGCGGAGUUGAAGACGCAGCUGCAGCAGGCGCGGUUGCAGUUAGCGAAACGGGACCAGAGCAGUACGUCGUUGGGGAGUGGGGGAGAGGGGGGGCGGGAUGUACAGGGGAAGCGGGAGGCGAGUGCGAAUGCGAAGAAGGGGCUGGUGAGGGCGGGAACGUUGAUUGCGCGGUUGGAGGAGGGGUUGGGGCGGUUGGAGGGGAAGGGGGAGUUGGGGAGGGGGGAGGUGCGGAGGCGGAGGGAUCUGUUGGGGGUGGCGAGGAUGGAGAGGGAGGGUUUGGAGGGGGUGUUGAAUGCGUGGUCGGCGAGUCGGGUAGGGAAGGAGGAGGAGAGCGCGGGUGAUAAGAAGGGGGAGCUGAUGGGCGGGGCGGGGGGCAGGGGGAGGAGAGUGUUGGGGGCGCCGUUGAAGGAGACGGAGCGGUCGAGGGAGUUGGAUAAUCAAGGGGUGUUGCAGUUGCAGCAGCGGAUCAUGAAGGAGCAGGACCAGGAUGUGGAGUCGAUGACGGGCGUGGUGAGGCGGAUCAAGGAGAUGGGGAUCGCCAUCAAUGAGGAGUUGGUGUCUCAAAUGGACUUGGUCAACAUCUUGGACCAGGAUGUAGAUCGG